CAGCUAGUAAUGGAUUCUUCUUGGGGAGAACUGAGGAGGAUGCAGAGGAGCUGGUUGACAACAUGGUUAAGAGUGAUGCAGUCUACAGUGGAGACCACGACAGAGGCAGUAGAUCUGAUGAUAAGCAAACGAGGAAGGAGUUGAAAGCUCUACAAGAUAAGAUAGACAUCCUCCUUGCUGAUAAAGCUACCCAAGAGCAGCUGCACUUUGUUGGCAACCCAACCCAAGAGACACCAGCUGUUGUCCAUGAAGUUGAAGGUUUGGAAGGUCAGGAAGAGUUGUGUUUCAUCAACAACAAUGGUAGCUGGUACAAGAAAGAGCCCAACUUUCAGUACAACAACUACCAACAGAAAUCCUAUUCCAACAACCAACAGAGUGGUUACCAGCCUCGAAACAAUCAGCAAGGCAGCUAUCAACCACAGCAAAACCCUCCUCCUGGUUUCAACAACAAAGGCAACAAUUCUUCCCAACAACAAUCUAAUCCCUCUACCUCCACCCCUCAAGUCAGCAGCACUGAUGCUCUACUGAAACAAAUCCUGGAAUCUCAAACAAGAAGUGAGAAGCAUGUUGGCUAUGAGUUGAAGAAUCUUCACUCAAAGAUUGAUGGGAGCUACAAUGAGCUCAACAACAAGUUCAGAGCUUUGGAGAACCAGUUUGCUGCCAUGAACACUCAACAAAAUCGCCAACAAGGUUCUCUACCUGGAAAGUCUGAGCAAAACCCCAAGGAAACCAUGAAAGCUAUCACUCUCAGGAGUGGUAAGGAGUUACCUCAGAGAGCUCUCACCAAGGAUGCUGAGAAACAAAGUGAGGGGGUUGCCAUCACCAUAGAUGAUGAAGUGGUGAUUGUUGAUGAGAAGAUCAAUGACGAGAUCUUGGAAAAGAUAGUGGAAGCCAAAGGAAAAGGAAAGGUUGGAGAAGAGAAGAAAACAGUUAAAGAUGGUGAAGUUGUCACUCCUGCAAGUGAAAGUUCUUUUGUUCCUCCUGCCUAUGAACCUAAGCUUCCAUUCCCAGGUCGAUUCAAGAGGCAGUUGCUAGAGAAGUACAAAGCUCUGUUUGACAAGCAAAUGAGUGAAGUCCAGGUCACAAUGCCCAUUAUUGAUGCUUUCAUGCUGAUUCCUCAGUACAGUAAGUUCCUAAAAGAUGCUGUAGCUGCAAAGAAGAAAGAGAUGGAGGGCAUGGUGAUUCUCACUCAUGAGUGCAGUGCUAUCAUUCAGAGGCUGGUCAUACCAAAGAAGCUAGAAGAUCCAGGAUGCUUCACAUUACCUUGUGCUCUUGGGCCUAUGGUAUUCGAUAGGUGUCUCUGCGAUUUGGGAGCUAGUGUCAGCUUGAUGCCCCUAUCUGUUGCUAAGAAGCUCGGUUUCACUCAGUACAAGAAGUGUAGACUUUCUCUGGUAUUGGCUGAUCGUUCAGUUAAGUACCCUGUGGGUAUCUUAGAGGACCUCCCAGUGAUGGUUGGAAAUUAUGAGAUCCCUACAGACUUUGUAGUGCUUGAAAUGGGUGAAGAAGCUCAAGACCCUUUAAUCCUUGGAAGGCCUUUCUUAGCCACAGCUGGAGCCAUUGUUAAUGUGAAAGAAGGCAAGAUUGAUCUCCAUCUGGGUAAAGGGCACGUUCUCCAUUUCGACAUCAAGGAGGUAAUGAGGAGGCCAACAGUUCAAGGGCAGGUGUUCUACAUUGAAGAGAUGGACGCCCUUGCUGAUGAAAUCCUUGAAGAGUUGUCACUAGAGGACCCUCUACAGCAUGCUUUGACUGUAGAGAAAGAGGCUGAGGUGGUUGAGAACCUGGAGAGUACUGCCUAUGGGAUGAUGCUGGAUUCACACCAGGGGUUUUUCAGUGAGGAUCAGUACGAGGAGCUUCCCCAGAUGGUUCACCAAGAAGUCUCAGUCACUCAACAAGAGGACAACCAGCAAGAUGACUGGAGUGAACUUAAGGCACCUAAAGUGGAGCUUAAACCUCUUCCCCAUGGUGUAAGGUAUGCAUUUCUUGGUCCUAAUGAAACUUACCCUGUCAUUGUGAGUAGUGAACUUACUGAAAGUGAGCUAUCUGAACUUUUGAGAACACUUAAAAGAUUUAGAAAGGCAAUAGGUUACUCACUAGAUGACAUCAAGGGGAUAUCACCCUCUCUGUGCAUGCAUAGGAUACAUCUUGAGGAUGAAUCAAUGACUUCUAUCGAGCAUCAAAGAAGGUUAAAUCCUAACCUGAAGGAUGUUGUAAAGAAAGAGAUUCUUAAACUCCUAGAUGCUGGUGUUAUUUACCCUAUCUCAGAUUCUAAAUGGGUAUCACCUGUGCAUGUUGUACCAAAGAAAGGUGGUAUCACUGUGAUUAAGAAUGACAAGGAUGAAUUGAUACCAACAAGAACCAUCACAUGUCAUAGAAUGUGCAUUGAUUACCGAAAACUAAACUCUGCAUCUAGAAAGGAUCAUUUUCCAUUACCAUUUAUUGAUCAGAUGCUUGAGAGACUUGCAAAUCACCCAUUCUAUUGUUUCCUUGAUGGGUAUUCAGGAUUUUUCCAAAUCCCCAUACAUCCCAAUGAUCAAGAGAAAACGACAUUCACAUGUCCAUAUGGUACCUUUGCAUAUCGAAGGAUGCCAUUUGGUCUAUGUAAUGCUCCAGCCACCUUUCAAAGGUGCAUGAUGUCAAUUUUCUCUGAUCUGAUUGAGGAUGUUGUGGAGGUAUUUAUGGAUGAUUUCUCUGUCUAUGGAUCUUCGUUUUCUGCUUGUUUGUCAAAUUUGUGCAGGGUCCUACAGAGAUGUGAAGACACCAACCUUGUGCUGAAUUGGGAGAAGUGUCACUUCAUGGUCAAGGAAGGGAUUGUGCUAGGACACAAGAUUUCAGAGAAGGGGAUUGAGGUGGAUAAAGCCAAAAUCGAUGUUAUGGUUGGUCUGCCUCCACCAAAGACAGUGAAAGACAUCCGGAGUUUUCUUGGCCAUGCUGGAUUCUACAGGAGGUUCAUCAAGGAUUUCUCCUUGAUAACUAGACCUUUGACCAGGCUGCUGUGCAAGGAAGCUACCUUCAGUUUUGAUGUGGAAUGCCUACAAGCUUUCAAGAAGCUAAAAGGUGAACUCGUUAGUGCCCCAAUUGUCCAGCCACCUGAUUGGGAUUUUCCUUUUGAGAUCAUGUGUGACGCCAGUGACUAUGCUGUGGGAGCUGUUUUGGGGCAGAAGAAAGAUGGCAAAACCCAUGUGAUCUACUAUGCCAGCCAAACCCUCAAUGAUGCUCAGAUGAGGUAUGCCACAACAGAGAAAGAGAUGCUGGCAAUUGUUUUUGCCUUUGAGAAGUUCAGGAGCUACUUGGUUGGGUCUAAAGUCAUUGUCUACACCGAUCAUGCUGCCUUGAGACACCUUUUGGCCAAGAAGGAUGCAAAACCCAGGCUUUUGAGGUGGAUCCUUUUGCUCCAAGAGUUUGAUAUGGAAAUCAAAGACAAACCCGGAGUUGAGAAUGGAGUAGCUGAUCAUUUGUCCAGGUUGAGGGUAGAGUCUGGUAUCCCUAUUGACGAAGGACUUCCUGAGGAGCAGAUCAUGGCUAUCGAAGCAGUGAUAGCAGUCUGUGAGACUGGUAGGAAGCUGGAAGAAGUCCAAGCAACAGAGGAGAAAGAACCUUGGUAUGCCGAUUUAGUGAACUACCUAGCCACAGGAAAAGAACCUCUGAAUCUUGUGGGCUAUGCCAAGAAGAAGUUCUAUAAGGAUGUGAAAAGAUACUACUGGGAUGAGCCCUACCUCUACAUUCUCUGCAAGGAUCAGCUUUAUAGGAGAGUGGUUGCAAAUGAGGAGAUUGAUGGGAUCCUUGCACAGUGUCAUGGAUCAUCCUAUGGAGGUCACUUUGCCACCUUCAAAACAGUUGCAAAAGUAUUACAAGCUGGAUUCUGGUGGCCACAUAUGUUCAAGGAUACACAAGACUUUGUUUCGAAGUGUGAUUCUUGCCAAAGAAGAGGAAACAUCACCAAGAGGAAUGAGAUGCCUCAAAAUCCAAUCCUUGAAGUUGAAGUGUUUGAUGUCUGGGGUAUUGACUUCAUGGGACCAUUUCCAUCAUCUUUUGGCAACAAAUAUAUCCUUGUGGCUGUUGAUUAUGUCUCCAAAUGGGUGGAAGCCAUUGCAAGCCCCACCAAUGAUGCUAGAGUUGUAAUCAAGAUGUUCAAGAGCAUCAUCUUCCCAAGGUUUGGAGUUCCAAGAGUUGUAAUCAGUGAUGGAGGUUCCCACUUCAUUAACAAACUGCUUGAGGGACUUCUCAAGAAGAACGGUGUGAAGCACAAGGUGGCAACUCCUUAUCAUCCCCAAAGGUUCAUGGAUUUGGGGGUUUUCGAAUUUGAUCUUAAUUGGGUGAAAAUGGUUAAGAAGACAAAGGGAAGGUUGGAAGCUGAGAGGCAAGAAGCCGAAAGUCAAGAGUUUGCCCUAAGAGGAAAAGCUUUAACCAGCGAGCCAACUGGCUCAGGGACGCAGAGGACUGUGCGACAGCAGACGUUGGCUGCAAGGAAAUCGAAAGAACACGAGAAGAGGGCAGGGAAAAGUGUACCAGUUCCCACCCAUGAGGAAGGUGAAACUGAGAGUGAAGAUGAGCCGGCACCUACGAAGAAAGCCAAGAUGUCAAAGGGCAAAGGGGUUGCUGUUGAUCGAGACAGAGCGAAAACUCCAUCUGUGGAGGAGCUAUAUGAUCAUUUGAAGAAUGGAGUCACUUGGGCUCCAACCAGGUUUGCCGACCUCGAUUUGCUGAAGGAGUUGGGUCUAGAGUCUGAUAUUGAGGAUGUCACUUGUCAGUUCCUAUCCUCUCUUGUGGUCACUUACCACGACACGGCGCAUGUGAGACAAGGAUGGGGAAAAAUCAGGUUCAAGGUCAAUGGAAGAGAAUACAACAUGAACUUCAAGGACAUUGGGAGGGUCAUGGGGUUCCAAGACCUAGAAGACCACUCACUUCCCAAGUGUGAGAACCUCCCCACAGAGCUCUGGAAGUUGAUCACUGGAAACAAGCACUCUACCGGGGCGGACAAGAACUCACACAUCCGACACCCGUCUGUACGCUACCUCCACAGAUUGCUAGUCCAUGCUUUUUACCCACGGAAGCAAGCUGGUACGACACAUCUGAGCAUAUCUAUGGACCUCCGCGCUACUACUUCAAGCCCCAUGACGGAGUCCUUCCCCCUGGAGCUCUCCGUGAUGCUCAUGACCACAUUGGUCGUCUCCAGAGGUGGAACAAAGCUCAGGACAGAACGAUAG